AAACUUCCUUCUUUCGAGAGUCUUACCGAGAAAAAGCUCUUCCUUCUUCUAUUACUUCACUUCGCUUCGCUUCGAAAAGUUUGUGGUGACUUGUCGGCCCGGAAGCGCAGUGAAGGAAAGGAGAGGAGCGUCAUUUCAGGAAAUGGGCUCUCCUUUGUCUUCAAAGGUUUAGGAAAGAUUACAUUGACGGGUCCACGGCCGUAUAAAUCGACAGAGACCCAAUCCAAAAAUGGAUUGAAUGUGAGAUCUAGCUCCUUUCUCGCCUUGGCCUUUUUCCGGGAUCGAUUGGAUUGUUACAAGCCCGUGCGUGAGCUGUGCCUGCUUUUCUCUCACCUUUCAAAGCAUUUCACCUUCACCGGCAUCCCUAAAGUCAGACUAUCUUGGUGUACUGGUCGGAGAACCUCUGCUGGCGCGUCACUCGUCGGAAAGCUUUUUUCGGGCAAAAGCAACCUUGAC